ACCCCUGUCUCUUUUGAGCCAAUGGUGAGGUAGCUUGUUGAUCAGUGAGUAAGGCGGAUGCCUAUUGGAUAGGUGGUGAGCGGGUAAGAGUCUGGCAAGAUGGCGGACAGAACGGCGGUGGAUAUCAGCAAAUUGAAGUUGACUGAACUGAGACAAGAAUGUGCUUCACGGGAGCUGGAUACUAAAGGAAACAAGCAAGAUCUCAUCCAGAGACUGCAGGCUUACCUGGAAGAACAUGCUGAGGAAGAAGUGAAUGAAGAAGAUGUUUUAGCAGAAGAUACUGAGGAGGAGGAGCAACAGCAGCAGAAGGUCGAGCCUGAUGUUCAGAGUCAAACUGUUGCUAUUAAAGAACCUGAAGAAGUUGCAGCAAAGAAGUUGGUUAAAAUAAUGGCACCAAUGACAGAAAGUGAGAGGCUAAAGAAAAGAGCAGAGCGGUUUAAUGUACCUGGGACAGCGGAGAGUAAGAAAGCUGCUCGUGCUGCACGGUUUGGUUUGCCUGUUGCAACAAAAGGUACUCCAGGGACUAUCAAAAGUACGAUUAGUGCUGAAAAAUUGAGAGAGCGAGCUGAAAGAUUUGGUAUGAAUGUCUCAUCACUCUCAAAAAAGACUGAAGAUGAUGAAAAAAUGAAAAAGAGAAAGGAGCGAUUUGGAAUUGUGACCAGUUCAGCAGGAGGCGGCGAUGAUGUUGAGGCAAAGAAGAGGAAAAGAGCAGAGCGUUUUGGAAUUGUCUGAUAACACCUUGUUUUUUUUACGAAGAAUAUUUUAAAUGUGUAUCAAGUAGAUUUUUUUUCUAGGAUACUUUUUAAACUGAAAUGUGCUUUUUUUUCCCUAUUGUGUAUCAGUUCGCAGUAAUGAGUGUUUGCAAGGUGUCAGAAAUUAGAUGACUUAUUUAAUUACAACAGCUAAAAUGUACAGUUGCUUCAGGAAUAAGAUGCUGAGAUAACAAGGAACGCAAGUUACUGCUGCAGGCUGGAGAUAAUCUUAGUGGAACUUAAUGCAGGUACUGUACAACGAAGUGAGAUUUGAUUAAAUAAUUAAAAAAGGUUAAAUCUUUGUUAAACACUGCAAGCUGCAAAAGUCUUAAUUUGUAAAAGUGAGUACGUGUAACUUUUAUUGUGAUACUCUUGCAUCCUCCUGUUUUUAAACACUACAAGUGACACAAAGCCUUGAUGGUUCAGACAUUCGGCAAAUUGCAAUAGCAUUGGCCUUCAACACACAAUGACAACAACUUGGCACAGGCUAUUCAAGAAAAGAACACGAGCUACUCCCUAUCCAUCGCCGAUUUGUGAAAACCUAUUGAACAUAGGUGAUCUUUCCUUUUGAAAGGAUGUUUAUUAGUUUGUAUCAAGAGGAAGUUUUUAUUUGAGUAUAUCACUUUGGCCAAAUGGACUGGAAGAAAUUAAUAAUCAUAGAUAUUAAUAUCCAUCCAGCCACUAAUGAAUAAUUCGUACUGGAAGCCAUAUAAAUCAAUCAUUCUUCAUUCUCCCUCCACGCUCAAUGAUGCUGGUUACUGCAAUAUAACCAAUAUUGGUUACUGCCGUCACUUACUUUAAUUUCAAAAAAGUUGGAGUUCAUAUUGUCCUAAAUCAUUCAACACUCUGUUUCCGCGCCCCCCCCCCCCCCCCCAACAUCUUAUUGUAUACCAUGAUUUGUUGAAUGUAGUAUACAAAUCACAGAAUUCCUAUAGAAGUUGAGCCUCUAAACUGAGUUAGCAGUUGAGCUGAGUUGAUUUUGGUCUUCUGCUCCUUUUUUGUUUGAGAGCAGAUUUUCGUUUAUCGCAAGGGAUGAGAGCAAUCUGUCUUAGUACAUUUUCAACUUAAAAUUAGUGAUAGAAUAUCCCACUUUUUUCUCCUGUGCGAAAGAACAGCAACAAAGUUAGUAGAUCAAAACUUGUAGAUCAUCAGAAUCAGUUGAAUUGUGACAAUUGAGUGGUUUCUGGUAUACAUCAUGCAAGCAUGAAUUAUUCUGCUUUGCUGUUUAUUCUGUUCUUGUACACCAUUUUUAUUCUAAAGUUUCAAGUGACUCAAAAUGUUUGUGUAUGCUUUUUUGUUUGAAACUUGUUCUCUCGCUCUGCCCUUCCCUUUCACACACUUACAGUCUUGUGAUAUAACUGCAGUGGCUUUGUUUACUGGAACAAUCAAUGUUUGAUCAUAAACCACCAGUUAUUUGAUAUAUAAAAUGGGAUAUUGUUUCCCAGUAGAUUAACUAGCAAGUGCUGCGCAAUAACAUGCAAUAUUCUUCUGUCCAAGUAUAAUUUCACAUCUAUGAACUUAGCUUUAUAACCCCCACAAUAAAGAAAGUUUUUUGAGUUUCUUGAUCA